UCAAUGAAGAAGGAGAACUUCCCCGAGGAACUCAGCUUGGCAUCCCCCCAGAUCAGCAAGGGCCUGGCACUGCUUCAGAGUGUUUCCAGCCGGGGCUCCCAUGGCCCAGAGAGGAAGCUUCUAGGAGACCAACACAGACCCAGCAAGUCGGCCCAAGCCAUCAGCCGAUACUACCGCAAAGUGAGCCAGCUCAAGAAACUCACUAACCCUAAUGGCUUUGUGUCUGACAUGGAGGAAAUGAGGAAGGCCUUCCUCAUGCGGCCCGGAUGCCCCCAGUUCAGCACCAGAGCCACAUCUGUAUCUCACAUGGGUUCUGCCACCACGGUUGAUCUGCCCAGGGACCCAUGUUCCAGCUCCGGAACUUGGAAGAUGGCUGAGGACCAGCCCCUGGUCAGGCAGGGCUCUGCCACCAGUAUGGAUGGGCGCCCAUUUACAUUCAGCAAGAGUGCUUGCGAGCUCAACUACUCACAGAAGAGGAGUGAGCCCCCAGCCACCAGUCCCUCCAGCAGCCCAACCCUGGUCAAGAGGUCCCAGAGAACCAGAAUACCCUGGUACAUCUCAGUCAUCCACGAGAAGGAUCAUUCCCUGGUCCGGCUGGGAGAGGAACUCCGGCGGCUCUCAGUGUUGGAGACACAGAUGCAGAAGAAAGAUCAGGAGAUCCUGAUGCUCCAGAAGGAGAAGGAGGCCCUGAAGAAGCAGCUGAGAAUCCUUCUCAGAAGCAAAGGCGCAGAAACAUCUUCAGCUUCCGUCAGGAUGGAUCGGUCCAUUGAGGCUGCACUGAAGCUGGGGAGGCUGAGCAUGCUGAAGUCCAUGUACAAAGAAGAGGAUGAGUUACAACGCUGGAUGCAGAUGCAGGACGACUACAACGUGGUAGAGAACAGGGAGCUGCCAAUGGAACCAGGAAGUGUCGUGGAGGAAAAGGGCCCUGAGGGGCCCUCAGAAGAGGCUGCCAGGACUAGGAGCAGCAUGGUCAAGGGGGACACUUUGCAUGAAGUGGACGCUGAGGAGGAGGAGGAAGCCAAGGGAACAGAGGAGGAGGAGGAGGUAUUGGUAGAGGAGGAAGAGCUGUGGGAGCUGAGAGAGGCGGAGGAGCAGCGCCCCAGGAAGUCAUACUCCCUGACCGAGUCCUUCGAGGAGGAGUUGAUGGCCCAGCUGGAGGAGUACGAGCGUAUGUUGAUGGACUUCCAGAAUGAGCUGGAACUCACCAGGGCCAGAUAUUCCCUGGCCACAGGAACAAUCACUUCAUUACAAAGGCAGACCGACUUCCAAGAGUCUAGGCUGCGAAAGGUCACCACCGAAAAUGAGCUUCUGGAAAAGGAACUCCGUGAACGAAAGCGGCAGAUACAGACCAUGACCAACAAGUUUUCCAGCCUCCGGGAGGAAAAGAAGCAGCAGGGGAUAAUGGGACUCAUUGAGAAGGAAAAUUUUACCCUCCGACAGCAAGUAUCUGACUUGGAGACAGAGCUCCUCAAGCGUGAUCAAGUCAUCGCAGAGCUGCACAGCAAAACUGGCGAGCUACAGACUCAGGUGGCCCUGAGCGAGGACCACCUGAGAAGGUGGAAAGAGCUGCACGAUGACCUCCAGAAUCGGAAUGAGACAAUUCAGCAAGCAGAGCAACAGACUCGUGUGGUCCUGGAGUCCUGUCAGGCCAGGCUCGAGAGACUAAGAAAUAAGAUCAUCCAGGCCGUCUUCAGUGUCAGUGGGACCAAGAGCUUGUCCACUGAGCUCUCUGACAACUACAUCCUGGAGUCCCUGCAGAGAAUCAUCUCAGAGAGAAGUGACUUCUAUAGUCAGCUGAAACAGAAAGGCGUAAAGGUGCCCCCGCUGCAACAGUCAGACAUCUCCCUGCCCACCAAGAUGAAGAAGUUAUCUCCCAAGUAG